AUGUAUAAAUUAACUUCAAUGGCUACAAGACUCCUGGUCUUGUUACACUUGAUAACUUAUGUGUUGACCGCUGAAGAAAUGUCUCAUAAAAUUGUAAUUAUCGGUGCUAGUGCCUCAGGAGUCGCAGCGGCUUCAAGAUUGCUUCAAAAUGGAUUCAAUAGUAUUACAAUUCUCGAAGCGGAAAAUCGAAUCGGAGGAAGAGUUUGUUCUAUUAAAAUAGGAGAAUAUUUAGUGGACAUAGGAGGUGAAUGGGUUGUUGGUGAGAAGAACAACGUCGUCUUUGAGUUAGCUUCUCCGUUGGGAUUUCUAGAAAGAUCGGCUGAUCAUAAAGAAUUAAACUUCGCUUUAAAACUCUUCAAUUCUAAUGGAGAAGAAAUAGCCUCUGAAAUAUUUGAUCCCUUGAUUAAGUAUCUACAAAAUAAAGAAGAUUCUGUAACGAAGGAUACAACUGGCUCUUAUGGAGAACUUGCAGAAAAAGAGUAA